CGCCAGUCUCUGCGCGCGCUUCUUGGUUUGCGGCUGAGACUGUUAGCUCUGUUGUCCUCACCUUCCGAGGACUGAGCGUCCCGUAACCCUCUCCUGGUCGUUACCGGAGACAGCUGUAGCAGAGGCUGCUGUGAGUGCUGCUGCUGUAGGCGGGUAGUUCUUCGCGUUUUCAUUUCUACGGCUUCCUGGCGACGCGGCUGCCUCCGCUGCCGAGACCGAAGUCACUGUAUAUAUGACUUGUAUCCUGGGUCCACGGGAAGCAUGAGUCUGUUGGGACCUGGGACAAGAAGAAAACAAGACAUCUUCACAAGGAAAACCAGACACUAACUAAAAGUAUCCCACACUCUGAAGGAGAUAGAACACAAACAUGACCGACAGUGGACUUAGGGAUCCUCAAGAGGUAGACUCUCAAAAGGAUUUGGAAAAUGACCCAUCAAUAAAUUCCCAGGCACAGGAGACCACAAUCACAGCAAGUGCCACUGAAGAAGCUCAGACCCCAAACCCUGCCUCUGAUCUUAACAAAAACCACCAAGAGGUAGAGGCAGUAGGUCCAGGAAGUGCAGAUACAUGUGAUAAAUCAGAGAGUCCAGAUGAAACAAUUGAUGGGAAAUAUCCAAAGCAUAAAACAGAGCCUGAGAACAUCAGGAGUUUUCCAGGUGGAGAACAAGGGCAUCUCCUUCCAGAAAGUCUGGGUGAAGAACCCUUGGAUCCAGAGCCUAACAGUUCUCCAAGUGACAAGGUAGGAGGAGCAGAUGCAUACUUAGGGAGCAGCUCUGCAGACCUUCCUGAGGAAGCAAGUGAUAGACUUGGAGCUUCACAGGAGCCACCUGCAUCAGACUCCCAGGGUGCCCAGGGUCCUGGCCAUUCCACUGCGAGUCUGGAGAGCCAGAGCACACUGAGAAGGCGACUGCUAGUGCCAGAGGCUGGAAGUCAUGAACAAGAAACACAAAAAUUGGAAGAAAACAAAAAGCAUGCACAGGAUAUUAUAAGAAAGAUUAAUAAAAAGGAUUUUUGGAGCCAUGGGCCCAUCUUUCUUGCCUUCCUGGCUAUGGUUCUGAUUUUUGUUUUGCUAGGCUCUAUUAGUAGCUACUAUUCUUCUCAGGCUCAGCAGGUAUCCAAAAAUCCAGCUUUGGAGGCCUUCUUGGUUCAGUUCAACCAAUUGAAGGAUAAAUUUCCAGGCCAGAGUUCCUUCCUCUGGCAGAGAGGACGUAAGUUUCUGCAGAAGCACCUCAAUGCUUCAAACCCCACGGAGCCAGCCACCAUCAUAUUUACAGCAGCUCGAGAAGGAAGAGAGACCCUGAAGUGCCUAAGCCACUAUGUUGCAGAUGCCUAUACCUCUUCCAAGAAAGUCUCUGCUGUUCACAUUGAUGGGGCUGGAAGAACCUUGCAGGACAGUGACACAGUCAAGCUGUUGGUUGACAUGGAACUGAGCUCUGGAUUUGGAAAUGGCCACAAGGCUGCUGUGGUACACCACUUUGAAUCCCUUCCUGCAGGCUCCACCUUGAUCUUCUACAAGUAUUGUGAUCAUGAGAAUGCAGCGUUUAAAGAUGUGGCCCUGGUCCUGACGGUUCUACUAGAGGAAGAAACAUUGGAAGCAAGUGUAGGUCCAAGGGAAACUGAAGAAAAAGUGAGGGAUUUGCUCUGGGCCAGGUUUACUAACUCUGACACUCCUAGUUCCUUUAACCACAUGGAUUCAGACAAAUUGAGUGGGCUGUGGAGCCGUAUUUCCCACCUGGUAUUGCCCGUUCAGCCAGUGAGGAACAUAGAAGAACAUGGGUGUCUUUUAUACAGCUAAGAACACAGUUAGUUAUAGAAGACAUAGAUUUAUUUUUAAAAGUCAGUUUAAAAGCCUUCCAUUUAUCUGGAAGGAGGUUGAAAAAUGUGAGGAAAUAUCCUGAAAAGCACAAAUUAAGUUAUUUUAGAAAAAAAUUCAUUUUUUUGCUUUUUGUAAAAUCUUUCUAGUCAAAGUGUGACAAAGCUAAAAAUUGAUCUGACUUUUCCCCCUUGUCUUUCAGAUAAAUCAGAUUUGACAUACAGCGUGGUAUAUAUAAUUGAGGAUUUUUUAAAAAUCCAAGGGUAUAGCAACACAGUCAUUGCACAAAAAGAUAGUCUAACUUCUCAGAAUAACUAUAGAGUGAUUUUUUUAUUUUCUUGAGUGAGACCGUAAUUAUCCUUUUUGAUCAUUUUUGGACUCGGACUAAAGCAAUUAUAGUAAUAAAGCAAUGAUAAUAUUUAGAAAAUUUUUCUAUAUCAAAUAUUUUAAAAACUCACUUUAAUAACUUGGUUAUGCAAUUUCAGCUUUUACUAAUAUGCACUUUUGAAUAGUAUGAAAAAAGGAAUUGAAAUCAAUCAAAUGUUUAAUGCUUACUGUAUGUAAGGCACUGUGCUUUUAUUCCAUUAAUGAGCUGAGUUAAAACCCACAGUACUCAAUAAAUGUUCUUAAAAAUUGGAAACAAGGAAAUUCUUAAAAAUCUUUACUUCAGCUUUCUUGAAUGAUUUAGAGCAGUGAUUGUCAAACUGCCUACCUGCAGAUUUAAUUGGAACAAAGAAUUCCACUGAUAAUGAAGUUUGAAAACUACUAUUAAGUGGGAAAACAUCUCAGAAGAUAAGAAAUGGGUAGAAAAAAAUGAAUAUUAAAAUUUAUGAGUAGGAAGAGUGAGGAUGACAUAUAGGUUUAUUGUGUAGAAGUGCUGUUCAUGAAAGAUACUAGAAUGUAUGAACAUUUACUGGCAUGCUUUUUGGUGCUUUGGUUAAUUUCUGUCUCCACUAAAUGGAAUUUUGUAAUUAUCCAGGAUAAGAGUUUAUGUGUCCUUUAAGCAGAGCAUAUUUUGGUAGCCAAUUUGAUAAAUUUUGGUGGGCACAUUGGCAUAACUUUACAAAACUUUCUGCUAUGCGGUGAUGAAACAUUAUAUAAUGUGGCUCAUUUUUUGACCAGCCAGUCAGAAGUAAGAAUUGAAGAAAUUCAAGAAAUGUUAUAUUUAAGGAAAGGAAACAGAGAUGGUAGAUAGAUUCUCAGAGGUAUUAAAGGCCAAUAUCAGUUGUUGGACCAUGUUCUGUGAUUGUAAGAAAGAUUGAGAACAGUGUUUAUGGAGACAGCAGUGGUUGAUUUGUAGGUGAGCUCUGAAAGCAGAACUAGUAAGGUAAAUGAUCUUGACCUAAAGAAGGGUCUGUUCCAUUACAUGUCAUAUCUAGGAAUAAUCACUGUGAUCUGGAAUGUUUCAACUAGAUUUUGGCCUCUACUCCCACAAGAGGAUAUUUGUAUUCACAUAUAUAAGAAAUCAUGUGAAGGGAUUAAAAUAUGGAAGGAUUUUAGGAAACACUAAGAAGAUAGAGGGUCUUCACUGAUACUAAAAAGAGAUCACAAAGAUAUGGGGGAAGAAUCUAAAUACCUGCCACAGGAAAGACAUACAUCUGUUCUAAUCAAGACCUUAAGUUGUGCUCAAUUGAGUAUGGGGGCAUACAGAAAGAAACAGGACUUUGUGGAGGAAUCUUCCAAUAGAUUUGAGAAAAGACCUGAACAAAAAAAGUAUAGGGAAUAUAAUGCGUCAAUCCAAAUAAAAUCAGGGAAAGUAGAAGAAAAAUCAUAUAACCAUAUUCAAAUUUUUUUCUGUAUGUCUGCAUCAUAGAUGCUGUCAUAUCACACAAAACCAAUGGUGCCUUAUAGAACUAUUAAAUUGGCCUACUAACUUCUGCUACCUCAGCUCUAUAAAGGGACCCAUAUGUAGUUUGCAUAUCUGAUUUCUAUCAGUGACUCAGAUCACAGCUGAAACAGAUUCUUGUUGCUUCAUUCAAUUGAAUAUGGUUUUUCGUCAUUUCCUUUCAAUAUAAUUUAGGAAAAUAAAUUUCUAAAAGUCACAAUGCUUUGACUGUUAAUCCUUUGCUAAAAACAUUUUUCCUUCCAUGUUUAAGUGCAAGUGAGACUGCUUUCAGUUAUCUGUCCAUUAGUUCAAAAAUCAUUAUAAGAAGCAAUGUAUCAGAGGGCUCUGGGUCUUCUCAUGAAUAAAAUGAUUAUUUUAAGGCAUAAAACUAUAUUUUUAAUUGUACAAGUAAUUAAAAUCUAUUUUCCAAUGGAUUAUUUCUAUUUUUUUAUAUUGUUCAAAUUUUCUUUGAAAAUUUCUUAGCAUAUCUUUCAAAAGUGUAAUAGAUAAUUUGCUUGCUUGACUUAAAAAAAAAGAUUUGUGGGCAUAUGAUACCAUAUAUGAUGAUACCUAAACAUCACCUUUUAAUUAUUAUCAUACGACAACUUUCAUUACAUUAUAUAUUAAUAUAAAUUGCUUCUUGAGUAAUACCAGAGUUGUAGAAGCAACUGGUAGAAUCAGAAACUAUCUCUGGACCAGGGUGUUUUUUUCCCUCCUUAGGGUAAACUUUAGGUUUUCCGGUUAGUUUCCUGAGGUUGGCAGAGAUGUUUCAGGGUGUUCACAUCAAUAAAGAUAGUAAUGCUAUUUGUUUCUGUUUCUAUUUUUUAAAUUGAUAAGUAAUUGAAUUUGAAAGCCUUUUAGCUUAGGGUGGCUAGUGAAGCUCGGCAUGCCUGUGAGCCAUCAUUCAUUCUCUCAGCUAAUCACUCAGUUGAACAAGGUUGGCCACUCAGGUGGUUUUGACCCUUCACACAGUUUUAACUUAUGCUUUUAUCUGUUAUAAACAGGAAGCAUAAUGAGCAUUGAUGUUAAAGUAUAACAAAGAAAUAUGGCAUGUGAAAGUGAUAAUUCAGCAAGAUGAUCUUCACUAGCUUGCAUAUAUAACUUGCAUUUAUCUGACCAAAAUUUUUAUGUAGCCCAUACAGGUCAGUAGCACUUCAAAAACUGCUAAAUAAAAAAUAUAAUUAUUAUAUCUGAUUAGGGUUUUCUUUUAAUAGAAAUAAAGCCUAUAUACAUUCAGUUUAUUUGUAGAGAAGUACUUUUGUAUAGUAACAUGAAACUUUUUAUCAUUUGAUAAUAAAACAUAGUUUUAUUAAAAAUAAACCAGCUCAUCUUUCUAAAGAGCCCACAAUAUAUCAUUUUAUAAAAGCAGUUUUUAUGUUUUUCAUGUUGAACAUGUAGUUAAAUUUCAGUCUUCAUUUUAAUGUUUUAUUUCACCAAUCUGAGCAUAAUAUAUUUCAUUUUAAAAUGUAUUUGUUGAAAAGUCAUGGGGGUAGUGUUUUUUUUUUUUUUUUAAAGUAAUGAAGUACCUUCAAUUCUGUGUAUCACCUGUUCAAUGGGAAAGUUAAUGUUUGCCUUUAUGUAUGUAUUAUGAAUAUUGAUUAUAUAUGAGAUUAUAUAGACUGAAGUUUGUUAGUCACAAAGAUUAGGAAAUCCUUGUUGAUAAUAAUAUAUUUGCAACGAAGACACUACCAAUUCUAGAGAGAACCAAAUAAAGUUAAGAUAUCCAUGUAAAACACAUCUAUCCAUGUAAAACAGUUUCUCCACAUGACUUUCAAAUACAUCUUACUCCUAUUUAUGUUAAGUUUUAGGCAUUAGGUUGUGAAGUAACUGCUGAUAUGGGCAUAAAUUUGCCUGAUUCAGACUGAAACCGGGCUGUGAACUUGUUUCCAACUAACAUACUGCCCUAUAAUUACACUUCUCUAUACAGCAUUGCUUCUCAGCCUCUUUUUAAAAGUAUAUAUAUAAACUAGUGAAGAGAAAACACAACCGGUAUCUCCUAAUCUGUAAAUAAUCUGUAAAGACAUAAAUAAAUUAGUCUUCCUUGCCUUUCAGUAUUACUUGCAGUGUCUAUUUCAGCUUGUUUUGAUGUUUUUAAAAAUCCGUAGAUUGGUUCCUGUUUUGGGAAGUGUUCUCCCACUUUUUCUCAUUGAGGCUUAUAAAAUAUAUUUUGCCCUCAGCUAAGUGCACUUACAUGAAUCAAAAGAACAGUUUGGAUUUGGGGGUUUGGGAAGCAGUGGGCUAAGUAACAUUGCCAUAGAGAGUGGUUGACAAGAAGGUGUUGAGCUUGCUGCCCCUGGACCACAGCUAUCCCAGCCUGCCUUCCCCCUGUGCCCAAACUAGGCCUCACGAUCCUUAUCAACACCAAGCUUCAGGCAACUGCUCCGAGUUGAUCAGAGAUGAGGUGAGAUUUAAAUGUUUGUCAUUCUGUCAAGAAAGAAAGAAGCAACAUACUGCUUUUCAAACCCGAGAGCAUUUUGCUUUUUCCAGUAUUAAUGCCAAAUUUCUAGACAUUCCCCUUCUUAUGUAACUGUGAUUGCUUUUGUGUUUGUUUCUUAUGGAUGUUGAAGAAUGUGCCUUAUUCAAAUUAACUGUCUGGUUAUUACCAAAAAUAAAUAUCCUUAAUUUUU